AUGGCAAGAACUGCCGAGGAAGAGGCCGCCGCCAAGGCCGCCAUGAGGAUGGAGCUCGGCGCAGGUCGAUUGGACGAGCUGGGUAUGGAUGACGGCGAGCAUCGAGGCAAACGUACUUACCAACACCCUCCUCUCUUGACUACCGCCGUGGUCCCCGCACGCUUGUCUGGAUCCGUCAAUUCUCGCUGGCAGCAAGCCAUCGACCGCGGUGAUUUCAAUGAUGAUGAUGCCGCCAUGGUCGCCGGCGUGGACUCAAUAUUCGAUGGACAGUUGGCACGCGUUCGUCGUGCUGCCGCCACCGCCGCUACCACGGUGGAGCCGAGACACAAGAAUAUCGGCGGAAAAGGUCCCAAGUCAUUCUCGCCUGUUAAUCACAAUGGUACUGGCAAUCCUCAGGCUGCCUGCCGAAAUGAAGGCCGUAGUGGUCGUCCUGGCCACUCUCCAGGUCAGGGUGGCGCCAACAUAUCGGUCAAACCCGGUGCGCCGCUGUCCAACGAUGCACGCUCUAACAAACCAGCCGCGUACAUCCCGCAACCUAGGUCGAAUUCGAAGACCAAGGCGAAGACCAAGGUCCAGCCCGCCAGGCCGCCGGCUCGGAAGCCUCCUCAAGCUGUUCAGCGUCAGCCAGCCGUCGCUCCGUCUCAAGGCACAGUUCCACCUGCCCAAGUUCAACAAACCCCGGCCAAAUCAGCUCCGACUCAAGCUUCUCUUGGACAGUCUCACGAGUCUGAAUGCCGAGACAGUCAACCAGAGACUCCAUCCCACGUUCCUCUGGUCCUGUCGGAGGGAGCUACAAUGAUCUUGCAGCUGCCGGUCGCGGCUCAGUCGUCUGCCUUUACGAGGAAAGGCAGACAUGCAGGAACUAUUCUCCUGGUCGAGGCGCGCCUGGCAUUGGACGACAUGUUCAUAUUGUCCAUCAAGGAGCAAGAGAUAUCCGAGUUUAAGCAUCCUAUUUCGGCAUUUAAAUACUGGAUGACGGCCAACUCCCAGACCGGAGAAGUGAUGUUGAUGUUCCAGGUCGCCAAAAAUACCAGUCUGUACUACACAGUCUCAUUUGGCAGCUCUGCGUGCAUGUCAUCUUUCCUUGAGGCCAUUGGCAAGCUUCAGGAGCGGCAGAAGACGCCCCAAGAGGCUACGGUCAAGACUAUUACGACGGACCAAGGUACGAUCGAAACCUCGCAGAUCAAAGCCAAGACGACGCCUCCCGAGCCCAAGUCUUCUGGCCAUCAGGUUGAACCUUCAAAGUCGCCCUUGUCUACAAAGAUGUCUUCCGAGGAUCCUGCUGAUCUUCUGAUCGAGAUCACUCCUUCUUCUUCAGAGGCUAAAGUAGCGAGUCUGGCGCAGCCCGUCUCUGCACCGUCCGCCUCGUCGACUGAGCAACUCGGCACUCGCCUACGCCUCCCAGCUGAUAUCAUUGAGGAAAUUGUGGAAUUGGUGAUGGAGAACGCCAAACACAUGUUCAAGAACAGCCCUGGGAGUGUCACUUUUGAUUCGAUCCGUUCUGUGAUCCGAGGCACCUCGGCAGCAGUUCUGGCGCACCACAACCAGGGCUUUUCCCAGCUGAGUGCAGACCAGCGGGCCACUAUCGUCGAGGAGUACUGUUCACAGAGCGUGGAGCAGGCUUUCCUUGCCAAGCUUGCCCAGGAUGCCAUGUUCUUGGACCAGCUGAGGGCUGACGAGGAGCGCGCGACGCCAACUCCUUUGCCCGAGGAUUUGCAGCCUCCUCGCGGUCAAGAGCGCACGGCCGCCGCGGCACAGGACCUUUCGCAGCGCACACGCUCCAUAAAACAUAGUUACAAUAUCGAUGAGCUGAUACGCAUGCGUGAUUCAGCAGUUGAACCUCCCCACUGGUUGGUAGACCUCGGCUACCUUCCGAAGGCCGACCGUCUUAAUCAACGCCACCAGAAGCGGAAUCGUAUCAUUCAAUGGGACGAGUGCCAUGAGAAUGUGCGACCUGUGUCCGUCGCACAAGCGGCGCGUGCCGUGCAGUCUGCCAGUGUGGUAUCCGAAUCUGCGCGUCAGGAGGACACGAAGGGCACGAGUGUCAAAACAGAAUCCCAGACAAACCCUGAGGUUAACGAAUUGAGCAUGUCGACUGGUGGUGGCAUGUCGUUGGACGGCAACACCGACAUCGACGGUGAGACCUUCCCAGCACCAGGUACCCUCAUCGGCCAAUCCACUAUCAGCCACGGAAACAGCAAUCAUGCUGGCUCUCAUCCCGGUGGAGGCACUCGCUAUGCACCCUCUUCUCAUACCAAGGGCCUCGCUCUCGCCAAUUCUCGGUACAAUGCGGGCACUAUGGAGCCUGCAUUGAAGUCGCCAUACUUGCAGGACCUGCAGGAACUCGACGCUCAUUUCGGAAAUGACAUGGCGAGUGAGGUGGCCAAGGUAAAGACGGUUGUUGCUCAUGGCCGAGAUCUGGUACUUGUGUGCGGUUGA